CUUAAGAAGUGUGUUUGUUGUCGUUGUGUUUGUCAAGUUCUUAUUGUAUGUAACGACACUGAAAAUUAUGGCUGUUAUUCUAGAAACAACGCUGGGCGAUAUCAUAGUUGAUUUGUAUACCGAGGAAAGACCACGAUGUUGCCUUAAUUUUCUGAAGCUAUGCAAGAUAAAAUAUUACAAUUACACUAUAUUUCAUUCUGUACAGAGGAAUUUCAUGGUGCAGACUGGAGAUCCUACUUAUACUGGUAAAGGAGGACAAUCUGUAUUUGCUAAAUUAUAUGGUGAUCAGGCUAGCUUUUUUGAAAUGGAAAAUAGCCCAAGAAUAAAGCAUAAAAAGAUUGGAACUGUGUCUAUGGUGAACAAUGGGAGUGACAUGCAUGGAUCACAGUUUUUCAUCACAACAUCUGAUAAUUUAGACUACCUAGAUGGCGUGCACACAGUGUUUGGUGAAGUCAGUGAAGGUAUGAAUAUCCUGAUGAAAAUAAACGAAGCAUUCACUGAUAAAGAACACAGACCAUUCCAAGAUAUAAGAAUAAACCAUACUGUGAUUUUAGAUGACCCUUUUGAUGACCCGGCAGACUUGGAGAUACCAGACAGAUCACCAGAACCAACCAAGGAGCAGCUUGAUACUGGAAGAAUUGGAGCUGAUGAAGAAAUUGACGAUACAAAAGGGAAAUCUAUAGAGGAAGUUGAGGAGAUGAUUCAGUCAAGGGAAUCAAAGGCUAAAGCCCAAAUAUUAGAAAUGGUCGGUGAUUUGCCAGAUGCGGAUGUAAAACCUCCAGAAAAUGUUUUAUUUGUCUGUAAAUUGAAUCCAGUGACUACAUCAGAAGAUUUGAAUGUAAUCUUUUCUAGAUUUGGCUCAAUUGAGAGUUGUGAAGUUAUCAAAGACAAGAAGUCAGGGGACUCUUUGUGCUAUGCAUUUAUUGAGUUUGAAAAG